AUGGAUAAAAACACGAGUGACAUGAAGCCAAAUCCUAAAGAGACCGCAAAUGUCUUCAGUGUUCUAUGCUUCUGGUGGUUGCGAGAAUUAUUUACGAUAGGUUUCAAGCGCGAUUUGGAAGAAUCCGACAUUUAUCGACCAAUCAAAACAGACGAAUCUAAAAAACUAACCGAUCAUCUCGAGAACGUAGUGCGCGUAAUGAUACCGAUCUUGCAAAGUUGGAUCAUCAAAUAUUUCGUUAUUGAUCCAAACACGAAGAAUAAGAUCGAGACGAACGAGGUGAUGAUCUACAUCAGCCUUCUGGUCAUUGUCAAUGUCAUCUCUACUAUGUUAUUACAUCACACUUUUAUGCAAUCGGUGCAUAUUGGCAUGAAGAUACGCAUCUCCUGCAGUUCUCUUCUCUAUCGGAAGCUAUUACGGUUGAACACAGCAUCCAUGAACCAAACCGGUGCCGGACAGAUCAUGAAUCUUCUCAGCAAUGACGUUAUUCGCUUCGAUCAAUUAACAAUGUGCCUAAAUUAUAUAUGGAUCACGCCUCUUAUGACCGCGAUCAUAGGCACAAUAAUGUGGCAAAAAAUAGGUAUUUCAAGUUUUGUUGGUAUAGGGUCAAUGUUUAUUAUCGUCCUUCCAGGACAAGGGACUUUGAGCUUUUUGAAUCACAGGCUCAGAGCUAUGAUUGCGCCACUGACCGACCGAAGAGUGCAGUUAAUGAGCGAACUCAUAGCUGGGAUACAGGUGGUGAAGAUGUACGUUUGGGAGAAACCGUUCAGCCAGAUUGUGUCAGUAAUCAGAAAGUUGGAGAUCAAGCAAAUCAAGUACUCAUCACAAAUGCGAGCCGCAUAUUUGGCCAUCAUAGUUUUCACUGAACGAUUUACCGUCUACUUAACUCUGAUAACAUUUGUUCUAUUGGGGAAUACUUUGACUGUCGACGUGACCUAUGAAUUGUCAACAUACUUUAACAUACUCCAACUUGUCGUUGCGUUGUACCUUCCUCUGGGGCUAAUAAUGCUAGGUGAAUCGAUAGUGUCUUUCAAUCGAUUGGAGAACUUUUUGCUGAUGGAUGAAGUAAACAUGAGAUGCUCGGAGAAGACACUACAGUGUAAAUCUCAAAAACCAAAGGAAGUAACUAAUGCAGAGAAUCAAAUAGACAGAUACAUCUCGAGAAAUGGAAGUAUAGUUCUGUCCGAGGCUCAAGAAAUAUCUGACCUUCCGGUAUAUGUGAAGCUUCAGCGUGUUUCAGCCAAUUGGAUUAGCGGCCAAUUGCCGCCAACUUUGUGCAACAUCAGCUUGACUAUCAAGCCGGGUCAAUUGUGUGCUGUAGUCGGAGCUGUAGGCUCCGGCAAAUCGUCAGUGUUACAUUUGUUGCUAAAGGAGCUGAAUCUCGGCACGGGUUCCGUAAUCCUUACUCAGGGCUCGAAGUAUAAUUUUUCGAGCAAUUUGUCCACUGGAUAUAUCACGAACAAUCCAAAUCUGCGUAUUUCCUAUGCCAGUCAGGAACCCUGGCUUUUUGUUGGUACUGUGAGGGACAACAUACUGUUUGGUCAGCCCUAUAACAAGGCUAGAUACAUGCAGAUAGCAAAUGUAUGCGCCUUGACGAAGGAUUUCCGACAAUUUCCACAGGGAGACAUGACAUUGGUCGGAGAUAGAGGCGUAUCUCUGUCCGGUGGGCAAAGAGCGCGAAUCAACCUCGCGAGGGCGGUUUAUAGACAGGCGGAUGUCUAUUUGCUCGACGAUCCCUUGAGCGCGGUGGAUACUCGCGUUGCUAGGCAUCUCUAUGGGAAGUGCAUUACCGAGUAUCUCCAUGGCAAGACGAGGAUACUUGUCACUCAUCAAUUGCAAUUUCUUAAACGGUCGGAUCACAUUGUCGUACUAGAUCGAGGUUUCUUGAAAAUGCAAGGAAAUUAUAACGAAUUAAUAAAAUCAAAUAAAGAUUUCAUUGAAAUGUUGGACAAUUUGAACAACCAAGCGCAGAGAAAAGAAGAGGACAUGAAAAGAGCUUCGGAAACGUCCAGGAGGAUCACGGUAACGAGACGGGUCUCAAGAUUAUCGACUACAAGUUCCAUCAUUCACUCGGACAUUGAUGAUUCGGAUCUUGCGGAGAACAGCUCAGAAACUGAGAUGACGGCACACGGUCGAGUAGCUGGAAGAGUGUACAAAGAGUAUCUGCAUAACGGCGGUAAUUAUUUUACGCUAUCCGUACUGCUGAUAAUCUUCAUCAUCAGUCAGGUCGCUACCAGCGGGAAUGAUAUCUGGCUCUCAUACUGGACUAACUUGGAGGAUGUCAGACGUAUUGAAAACACUAGUGACGUCAAACAAUUCGCGAACAUGUACAAUAAUAGCUUCCUUGGGUCAAUCUUCACGUUAAACCCAGACGGUCUGCUCAGUACUGUGGACGCCAUAUACGUAUACACAUUCUGUAUCAUCGCUUGCAUCGUUACUACACUGUUACGCAGUUUUCUUUAUAUGAAUAUUUCCAUGAACUCGAGCAGCAACCUUCACAACACCAUGUUCUUCAAACUGCUGCAGGCGCGCAUGUCUUUCUUUCACAGCAAUCCUUCCGGGAGAAUUUUAAACAGAUUUUCGAAGGACAUAGGUAUUAUAGAUGAAUGGCUGCCCAGAAUGAUGUUGGAUGGAUUCCAGGGAUAUUUCGUAGUAUGUGGUAUAAUGAUUAUAGAGGUGAUAAUUAAUCAAUGGUUGCUGAUUUUGAUAGCCAUGGUAGUUGUCUUGCUUUUCUUUGCUACAAAAUUUUAUACGAAGAUUUGUCAGAACCUCAAACGACUCGAAGGCAUAAUGAAAAGUCCGAUAUUCUCGCACGUAAAUGCAACACUGAAUGGUUUGCCGACGAUCAGAAGCAGCGGCGCUGAAAUCGAGAAGAUAAUGAGAAAACAGUUCGAUAUGUUGCAAGAUCGUCACAGCGGCACGUGGUAUCUCUUCUUAACAUGCGAGGCGGCCUUUAGUAUCUUUACGGACAUAAUUAUGUGCCUAUUCCUCGCCUGCGUUUGCUUUUCUCUAAUACCAAUGAAUGAGACUGGUGGCAUAGACGGCAGCAAAGCAGGUCUAGCAAUAUCGCAGUCAUUGAUCAUAAUUUGUUGUCUGCAAUAUACCAUAAAACAGUUUAGCGAGGCGAUGUCACUAAUGACCUCCGUGGAAAGGAUUCUUCAGUACACGAAUCUUCCUAAGGAGGAAUCUAUUGCCUCGGACAAUCCACCGCCACCUACAUGGCCGUCCCAAGGACAAUUAAUCUUAAAGAACGUUAACAUGAAAUAUCAUGAGGACGAUCCACCAGUUUUGAAAAAUCUAAACGUAUCCAUCGAGCCUGGCUGGAAAGUUGGGGUGGUUGGACGAACAGGCGCCGGCAAGUCUUCUUUAAUCUCGGCGCUCUUCCACUUGAUCAAUGAAGGUUUAGAAGGAGAGAUCAAGAUCGAUGAUCGAGACACAAGCACGGUGGGCCUGAGUGAACUACGCUGCAAGAUCUCUAUUAUACCACAGGAACCUGUGCUUUUUUCCGAGAGUUUACGUUACAAUCUGGAUCCGUUCAAUCAGUACGACGACAUGAAGCUGUGGGAGGUGCUGCGGCAAGUCGAGUUGAAUGAUGUCGCGCUGGACCACGAUAUCUUCUCUGGCGGUCAUAACUUCAGUGUCGGCCAGAGGCAACUCAUAUGUCUGGCUAGAGCUAUCUUGAGAAACAAUCGUUUGCUCGUUCUCGAUGAAGCCACGGCCAAUAUUGAUUCGCACACGGAUGCUUUAAUUCAGAAUACAAUAAGGAGCAGUUUUAAAGAAUGCACUGUUAUCACGAUAGCACAUCGUUUGAAUACAAUUAUAGAUAGCAAUCGGAUCAUCGUGAUGGAGAACGGUCACAUCGUGGAAUUCGGUUGUCCAUAUGAACUGUUACAUGACAAUCCAAAUGGUUACUUUUCACAAAUGGUGGAGAAGACGGGUAACCAGAUGGCGCAAAAUCUUUUAGAACAGGCGAAGAAGGCUUGCGAGAAGAAUAAUGAUAAUUGUGAACUGAGUUCGUCGGCGCAAAAUACCGAGAGUGAGAGCGACGCUACGAUCACGGAACAGACCGCUUUGUAG